GCGUGCCAGGAGAAAUGGGGCUGCGGUGACGGUGCUUGGAAAGCACUGAGCUCAAAACCAAGAGAAGGAUUUCUAAAGCUUCUGAAGAGCCAAUAGUCAAAUGACCACAGGGAGCAAGACCUUCCACUAACAACAUGAAGGAAGACAUUGAAACUAUCUCUCUGGAUAAUGCCAGCUGGAGCCAGACCAAAGCCCAGAAUGCCGAGGGUGCCCAGGAUACUAUUUUUUGCUCUGAAGACGACAACAGUCUGUAUUUCACAUAUAGCGGAAAAUCAAACAUUCUCGAGGUCAAAGAACUUACCUACCAGGUUAACAUGGCAUCCCAGAUUCCCUGGUAUGAAAACCUUGCGCAGAUGAAGAUGACCUGGGCCUGGAAAUCAGGUCCCCAUUCUCAUGUGCCAAUAAUCCAGAAUCUUAAUUUAAAAGUUCAAAGCGGUCAGAUGCUAGCUAUUAUCGGAAGCACUGCUGGUGGAAAGACAUCCUUGCUUGAUGUGAUAACCUGUCGGGAUCAUGGAGGCAAAGUCACGACCGGUCAAAUCAUGAUCAAUAAUGAACCCUGCACACCCCAGCUUGUUAAGAAAUGCAUAGCACACGUGCGUCAGGAUGACCGACUGCUCCCUCACUUGACUGUCAGAGAAACACUAAUGUUCGUUGCCAAACUGCGCCUUCCAAAGUUUUUUUCAGACUCACAAAGGAAAAAAAGGGUAGAAGACGUUAUAGCUGAACUACGGUUGCGUCAGUGUGCAAACACCAGGGUAGGGAACGAGUAUCUCCGUGGAGUAUCGGGAGGCGAGAAGCGGAGAGUGAGCAUUGCUGUGCAGCUGCUCUGGAACCCAGGAAUACUCAUACUUGAUGAACCCACAUCUGGACUGGACAGUUUUACUGCACAUAACCUUGUGAUAACAUUAUCCAGACUGGCCAGAGGAAACAGAUUAGUCCUUCUUUCACUUCAUCAACCCCGGUCAGAUAUCUUCCAACUGUUUGAUUUAGUUCUCCUGAUGACUUCUGGACUCACUGUUUAUUGUGGAACAGCUAGAGACAUGGUCCAGUAUUUCACAGAACUGGGCUAUCCCUGCCCAAGGUACAGCAAUCCUGCGGAUUUCUAUGUUGAUUUGACCACUAUUGAUAAACAGACUGCAGAAAAGGAGAUGGAAAGCCGAAAAAGAGCAAAUACUCUUGCCAACUUGUUCUUAGAAAAUGUCAAAGAUUUUGAUGACUUCUUAUGGAAAACUACUGAAGGAGACAAUGUUGCAAAAACACUUGGCAAGCAAAGGUCCCAUUUUAAUUCAGAAGAGGCUAUCAACAUGCCUCACCAUUCAUGUGAUCAGUUACCAGGAGCCUUAAAGCAGUUCACUAUAUUAUUAAGUCGUCAAGUCUCCAAUGACUUCAGAGAUCUUCCAACGCUAUUAAUCCAUGGAUUUGAGGCUCUUCUCCUGUCAUUAUUAAUUGGAUUUUUGUACUAUGGCCAUGAGAAAAACAGACUUUCUAUUCGUGACACAACAGCACUGUUGUACACGAUAGGUGCACUAGUCCCAUUCAUAGUGAUUUUGGAUGCUAUCGCCAAAUGUUAUUCGGAAAGAGCUAUGCUUUAUCAUGACCUGGAAGGUGGAAUGUACUCUGUUAGCCCAUACUUCUUUGCUAAGAUUUUGGGGGAGCUCCCAGAACACUGUGGCUUUGUUAUCAUUUCUGUGGUUCCCAUCUACUGGCUGUCAAACCUUAUUCCUGAAGUAGAACAUUUCCUGCUGAGCUUCCUCUUGGUAUGGCUGGCUGUGUACUGUGCCCGUGCAAUGGCACUUUGUAUGGCAGCACUGCUGCCGACAUUACAGCUCGCAGCCUUCUUUGCCAACGUCAUUUUCUCAGCAUGCUACCUGAGUGGUGGUUUUGUUAUAAGCCUGAAAAACCUCUGGACAGUUCCAUAUUGGUUUUCUAGAAUCUCUUUCAUCAGAUGGAAUUUUCAAGGACUGAUGCAAAUUCAGUUCACUGACACCACAUAUGAAAUGCCUUUCGGAAAUGUUAGUUUUCAAAUACCGGGAAAACAUGUGAUAGAGUAUAUGGACCUGGACUCCCACCCUCUCUACGUGGGCUACCUCGUCCUCACUAGCACCAUUGGCACUUUCCUGUUUUUAUACUACCUGUGCCUGAGAUUCAUCAAGCAGAAAUCAACCCAAGACUGGUAA